CCACCAUGAUUGUUUACGUUUAUUAAAAAAUAAAAUCGGGUAAAAAAAUCGGUUCUUUUAGUGUCACUGCGUAGAAGUUUUCCAAAAUAAUAUGGCCUUCAAUCGAUUACAAGGUAUCUUUCCAGUGUUCAAACCACAAAAUAUCACCUCUUCUCAACUGCUAGAAUUAAUCAAGAUGCAAUUAAAAAGAGAUGCCAAUAGUAAUGCCCCUAUUAAAAUGGGUCAUGGAGGAACUUUGGAUAAAAAUGCAACUGGUAUUCUGGUUGUUGGAAUCAAUGAAGGAUGUGCACAAUUGCCAGCCUUCUUAGAUGGAUCAAAAGUCUAUUUCGGUAAUUGUGUGUUUGGUAGAGCAACAGACACCUACAACAAUGAAGGCCAAACCACAAUGGAAAAACCAUAUGAUCACAUUACUCUCACCGAAAUAAAUGAUUUCAAAGCAGCAAUAAAAGGUGAAGUUUUACAGAAACCACCUCCUUACUCUGCUUUGAAGUUGCAAGGUAGAAGGUUGUCUGACCUAGCCAGAGAGGGUGUUCCGGUAGAUCCGAAGCCAAGAUUGGUGACUUGUUACGACUUUACCGUUAUUGAGUUUGCUCCUCCCAAGCUUACAUUUGAACUUUCUUGUAGUAAAGGAUUCUAUGUACGAAGCUUAGUCCAUGAUUUAGGAAUUGUUUUAAACAGCUGUGCUUACCUCGACACGCUGGAGAGAACUCGCCAAGGUCCGUUUGAAACUCAGCACUGUCUUACGGAAGAACAAUGCACGGUUACCGGUAUCCGCAAAAAAAUUCUUGAGAUGCAACAGGUUACACGCGAGUAUCUAGAUAUUCAAAUGGAAAAGUAUCGUUUAAGAAAUUCCCUUCAAAGUCAAAAUCAAAAAUUUGUCAACCGAAAGUAUUUUGAAUCUAGUAUACAUAAUAAAAAGUAUGAUCAAUGGGAUUAUGCUAAAUAAAUUGCAUAGUAAAUUUC